AUGAAGAAGUACGAGGUGGAUCAACGUACAGCUCAGCGAAUGAAUCGACAGCCAAACCGCUACCCAGAUCGACGUACUUUGCUCCAACCUUCACACGAAAGCCUUGACAUGCCGGAUGUGGAGAUGGAGUCGGUGGGGUCGGACAUUUACCAACAUAUCCAUGAGGCGGCGGAAUACGACCCGGAUGAUCUAUGGAUGCCCGAACCACGGCGCCCUCAAGUAGCCGCGACCGGGAAGGAUCGGGAAGAAGACAAAGCACGGACCUGGAUCGGCAAAGUGAAAUCAGCGUUUAUCCGGGACCAAGCACCGGACGAGGAGAGAUGUCUGGUCUUCGGUGAUCUCAUGGUGGGCCCAGCCCGCUACUGGUAUCGACAGCUGAGUAGAUCGACGAGAUUCAAUUGGAAAGAAUUGGUGAACAGUUUUCUUGUGGAGUAUGCAGGACACGGGAUGUCCGCGAGCAGGCAGUACUACCAUGCAAAGAAACGAUCGGAGGAAGAUCCUUUACAGUACCUGUAUCGGCUUAAUGUGAUGGGAAUGCAGGCGAAGAUACCGGUGAUGACUGGAUUGCCAGCUGCACGCAAGGAACAUGUCAAUCAUUUCAUUGACACCUUGGACGACCCCGAUCUGUCCAAUCAAUUGCUACUGCUGAAUGUAGAAGACGCGGAGGCCAUGCAAAAGACACUGCACGGAUAUCAACAAGGGAGAUCGCGUCAAGGGAAAGUGGUGAUGGGAUCGUCCAAAUUCAGGCAGAAGGGAGCUCAGGGUCCAGCGCUGUCUAAGCCUGCACGAGCGGUAAGAAUGGUCCGUACCGAGGACGUCUGCAGCGAGUCAGGAUCGGACACCUGCGGAUCGGAUUUGGAAGAUCGAUUGAGAUCGAUCCAUGUGGCUGCUACCGCGGAUCGCCGUUCAUCCCCCAAUGAAGUUGCAGCAAACGCGAGAUCGGUCGACCCGAACACUCGUCAAGACUAUCAAGAUCGCAAUAUGCCAUUGAAGCCGUGUACUCAUUGCGGAUCGACCAAGCAUGGAGAUCUCGGUUGCUGGAAGCGGCUCACUUGCCAGAAGUGUGGGCGUAAAGGACACCCCUCUGACAAUUGA